UGUAACGCUGUUUAUAGAAACCCGGGUUACUUAAUUUAUAUCCUUAUUUUAAAAGAACUCUGUGCAUUGAAUAUCCUUCAAUGCUCUUUUAAUAUGUCGAUGUUAAGAUAUUGUCUUAGACGGAUGGGAAAAAUAAAUCACUUUUUCCUUUGGGGCAUUAUAUUUGCUUCUGCGACAUGGAGUGUUUUUUUGUAUUUGUAUUGGUUGCUGAACAUGAGCGGUAAAACUGUUAUGAUCAAUGGAGAGAAAAAAAUACAUUACCGUUUAGUGAAUACCGAAGAGAAGAACCGAAUAAAAAAUAACGACAAAUCUAUUGCUGCCCUAGAGGGAAAAGAUUUACUGUAUGACACUCCUGGAGUCAAAAAUCAGUAUUCAGGAAACAUGUGGAAGUACCAAAAAAAUCCAUCUGAAUAUCAGCGAAAAAUGAUGUUGAAGGAAAAAUAUGCCAAACAAAUGGGAGUUAAACUGUCAGCCAAGCCAGAUAAAAGUCUAGACAGUCAAUUUGGAUUGAUACGCAAUGCUGAAGACGUUAGAACUCGUGACAGGGGGUACAAUUUGCAUGCCUUUAACACGCUUAUAUCACAACGAAUAGGAAAUCACCGGGGUGUUCCCGAUACAAGAAAUAAAUUAUGUCGUAUACGGAAGUACAGUAAUAAACUACCAAAGGCAUCCAUAAUUAUAUGUUUCUACAAUGAACACUUUGAGACUCUCAUGCGUUCCGUGCAUUCAAUAUUAGACAGAACAGAUCAGAAACAUUUAAAAGAAAUCAUCUUAGUUGAUGAUUAUAGUGACAUAGAGGGUCUUCAUGAUGAUAUACAGAAAGCUGUUAAUGAUCUCAACAACAAAAUGCGAAGGGAUGAAGAAAUGCUUGAAACGAAUAACAUAGAUGUAGAGAAUGUUGUAGAUUAUAUCAUUGAUGAUCCCAACGGUGAAAAGAAGCCCACUGACAGGAAUCCUAAACAUGGUUUUACCAUAAGACUUCUACGGACAAGUCGGAGGGAGGGGCUCAUACGCGCGAGGCUGUAUGGGGCUGACAACAGCAUCGGUGAGGUACUGGUGUUCCUAGACUCUCAUAUAGAGGUUAACACAGAGUGGCUCCCGCCGCUGCUGGCGCGGCUGUCCGAAGGGGUGGACGGCACCACCGUGCUGCACUCGACCCGAGCGGUCGCGCCCGUCAUCGACGUCAUCAACGCCGACACCUUCGAGUAUUCGGCCAGCCCGCUGGUGCGAGGAGGCUUCAACUGGGGACUACAUUUUAAAUGGGACAACUUGCCUAAAGGAACAUUGAAAACCGACGAAGAUUUCGUGCAACCUAUCAAGUCCCCGACAAUGGCUGGCGGAUUGUUUGCGAUAUACCGGCAGUACUUCAACUACAUCGGCAAAUACGACUCCGGCAUGAAUGUAUGGGGAGGUGAAAACCUGGAGAUUUCAUUUAGGAUAUGGAUGUGUGGCGGGAGCUUGGAGUUGGUGCCGUGCAGCCGCGUGGGGCACGUGUUCCGCAAGCGGCGGCCCUACGGGCUCGGCGAGAAGGAGGACUACAUGCUGCACAACUCCAUGCGGAUGGCCCACGUGUGGAUGGAUGACUACAUUAAGAAAGUGUUACAUCAGAACCCAUCGGCGGCGCACGUCUCCGUGGGCGAUAUAUCCGAGCGCAAGGCGCUGCGAGACCGGCUGCAGUGCAAGUCCUUCAAGUGGUACCUCGACAACGUGUACCCCGAGCUCGAGUUGGGCGACGACUCGGCGGCCAAGAGGAGGAUGGCGACGCUCAACGACCCCGGCAAGAACAAGUUCCAGCCGUGGCAUUCCAGGCAGCGCAAUUACACUGACUCGUUCCAAUUACGUCUGAAAAACACGUCGCUGUGCAUACAGAGCGCCAAGGACAUCAAGAGCAAGGGCAGCGGCCUGAUCCUCGCCAGCUGCAUACGGACGCUUAACCAAAUGUGGUUCGAAACGAGUCGCAAUGAGCUGGUGUUGGGGCGGACUCUGUGCCUCGACGCGACGGGGAACGUCGCGCCGACGCUGGGCAAGUGCCACGAGCUCGGCGGCGCGCAGGCGUGGAAACACAAGGCCUCGGCAGGUAGUCCUAUAUACAACGAGGCGGCAGGUAUGUGUCUCGGAGUCGAACGCGCUUACAGAUCGGAGCCUCUCGUCAUGGUCAUAUGUGACAACCAACCGACGAAUCAAUGGGACUUCAUGAGAUCUUAAACUGGCUACUAACUGUUGAAAAUUACUAAGUGAAGGGUACCCGGAAAAAACAUGUCUUGGCACUUUUUUCGGAAAAAAAAAACUAUUUUAAUCCCAAAAUGCAGAGCUCUUAAUGAGCUAUUACUUACAUCU